CGAGUCCAGUUCAAAAUCAGUGGUCUAACCCUAAACUCUCUCUCUCUCGCACCCCAUCCCCUCCCCUUCCCCCACCUCAACCGCGAUUGCGACGAGAACUACCGCUUCGAUCUUCUCGAACCAGCGAUGAUCGGCAUUGCUGGUAGAGGCUGAUGCUCUGGCUUGUCCCUUUUGUCCACAAAGGACAUUCUCUACCUGGAUCAUUGCCACUCCACAAAUGGGGUCUCCUGUCUCAAGUUUCUCCAAGCCAGAAAAGCUUAAUCUGGUUGAGCUGCUAUCCACCAAUGGUUCAACAAAUGAUAGAUAAGUUUAGUGAGUACAGAUUGCUUGGCAGUGGACGUGCCAUGCCUGCUGGAGACAAGCAACAUCCAAUCUCAGUAAAAAAGGUGGCUCUAAGGGAGUUGCCAAAUGAAUCUAGGAACAUCAUUACUAAGCCACCUGGAACCUCUCCCCUUCCUAAAGACAAAGGAGUCGCCCCAGAUUCUCUGAAGGUAGUUGGUAUUAAGAGGCCACAGCCAGAUGAUUCAUCAAAUCCUUCCAGUCACCAGGCCCCAGGCAACAUUGGCCCAAAUGGACAUCUUGUGUAUGUACGCAGGAAACUUGAAACUGAGCAAGGGAAGAUGAGCACUUGUCUCAAUAUGGAUAGUGCUGAUUCUCCCGAGUCGAGGAAAACAAAAGAACAAAAUCUGCAGCACGGUCAGACCCAAGAGCUUAAGGAGGCUUCUCGCCCUGUGCCUAUGCCAGUGGCAUCUGUGGCUACCUCAUCUGGGGGACCAUCAGUUUCUCACUGUCCAGGAAGGCCCAUCAUUGGGUUGGCAAUGCCAGAACCACAUGACUCAACAGUAGCUUCCACGACCCCUGUUCCAACAGACCCUCUGAGACCAGAUAGUCAAGAAUGGAAGGAAAGGUACUUCCGGCUGCAGAUGUUCUUGAAGAGCUGUGACCAGUCAAGCCAGGAGGAGUAUAUUCGAAUGCUUCGAUCUUUAUCGGCGGUCGGUCGAAGCAGGCAUGCUGUUGAGUUGGAGAAGAGAGCAAUACAACUCUUGUUGGAGGAAGGCAAGGAGUUGCACCGAAUGAAAGUUUUGAAUGUUCUGGGCAAAGCUCCAUCCAAGGAUCAAAUGCCAGUUUCAACUGAGACCCCUUCUCCUCUACAAGCACAAUCUCAGAAAUAGAAGACAGUAUUUACUGUCAAAUUAGUCUGUUUUUAAGUUAUGGAUGAGAGGAAGCAAGGAUUUUCUUGCUCAUGUUGAGAGCCGGAGACUUCCGCCUUUUUGUAUCUUUUUGGCGUGUUGAAACAAAUGUUUGUGCUUGCAAGCGUUAAAACACUUUGUUUUGUGCGAUUUAGCUUCUGUAGCUUUAAUUCAGUUCAUGCAACUAUGGGAAAUACAAUGUACCUGUUGAGAAUGUAUGAUGUGACUAAUUUUGGUAUAA